AUGUCGUCCAAGAUAUUAUAUGGAAGCGCUGUUCCGACGAAGGGGAAGAUUCUAAAGCUCCUCAAUGAAGUAGAAGAAAUGGACUGGAGAGGAAUCGAGGAACAUGAAAGGAUGAUGAGGAAAGAUAAGAUAUUGGAGGAGGGUCGUGCAUAUCAACGACAUUCAUAAGAUCCCGUUCGUUUCGCAACGAUGACCAUCGAGUCUCCUCCACGAAGCAAUGGACGGACGUUUGAAGGUGUCCAAAGAAACUGUCAAAAACUAUGUUUCCAUUAUAAAGGGCCAAUAACUACUCAUCGUCAUGUGUUGGCUAUACAAGAACGUGAAACCGGAAAAUAAUUUCAUUCAUUUCAACGAGCUCGAGCAUUGCUCCAUUGGAUGAUGAAACAACGAAGAAAUGCUGCUCAACGAAAACAGGUUAUCACAUGCCAAGGCCUUCACGAACAGAUUGCAAGUGGUGGAAAUGAAGGACCGGAAUGA